AAUCAUUCAGAAGUCACCAACUGUUCCAGAAGCAUCCAAACGUGUCCUGCUUUCAUGACCUGCAUACCUUCUCUUUAUCCCUCAGGGCUCAGCUUAGGCAUGCACCCCCCACUUUGGCUUAGGUGCAUCCUCUGUGUUCCCAAAGCAUCGUGUGCUGGGGUUCAGCCCUGUCCUUGGCUGGGAACUCCUGGGAUGGGGGCAAACAUGGUUCUGAUUCUCAGGUGUAGGGAACCACCUAACCAUACCUGCUGCUCUCCCAGAGGGAGCUGUCCUUUCCACGAGGGCCACUCUAGGCCAGGGGCUCUAACAGGUGCCCCCAGGCAUGACUCCAGGAAACAGGGACCCCCGCUGCUCUGGGCCCACACCCAGCCUGACUUCUGUUUGCUUCCAGUUCUGCCUAAGCUAGCACCAAAGAUUUCAGACUCCUUCACCUCCUACCACAACCCCAGCUUCUCGACAAGGUCAAGAUCCUUGGCUGGGACAGAACCGGCACGAAGUGGCCGGGAGGCUCUCGCUCCAGAUACAGGGGAAAAAGAGCUGGUUGGCAAAGCUUCCAAACUGCGUCUGGGGACAAUCAAGUCCACAGUGGCGUGGAGAAUUCUUGACCUUCCUCAGCACCUGCCUUGCGAUCUAGGCGACGGCCGGCCAGAGGGACCCACCUCUGGAGAGGGACCCCCAACCAGCACCUGCUCUCUCCCAAGGCUUUUCACUUUUUACAACUGGAAAACAAAGCUGGCGGAAUCCCAGAACACAUGCAUUGGAUUGCAAGAGCUGGUGAUCCCUGGAGAGAUGGGGCAGGCUGUGGUGGCUGUGAAACCUGCCUGCCAGGAGGGGGCCCCCGGAGACCUAGGGUCCCGAUUCCAGAGCAAAGGGCACAGUGGCAGCCAUGAGGAGUGGGGCAACCAGAGGCGAAACACCAGACUGAUGUCCCUGGCCUCCCCGCACAUACAACCCUGGCACACAGCAAGUCCUCAAUAAAACAGGAAAACACGGGAGUUUUCGAGUUUUCAGAAGACAGAUGGAAUGGGAACGGGGACGCCGGGCCUGCACAUUCUCCCACUCAGGAAGAGGGAGGGGUGGAUUUACUCAGCGUGUGCCAUGUUGUCACGGGUUACAACCCAAAGACCCCAGAAUCCAGGAGCUGCUCUUUGAAAGACGUCUGAUCUUUCCUUAGACCCAAAAGCCUGAUGAGGCACAGACGACACCAUGUAAUGGAUGAAGCAGUGGCUCAGGGCACUUCUUCAAGGUCAUACAGCCAGCAGACAGCAGCCUGGCACUGACCUGGGCCUGUCUGUUCCCCAAGGCGGCCCACCCUCACUCAUCCACCGUCUUCUUUCACAAGAGCCUUGUGCCAGAUCGUCUGCCAUUUACUUUAAGAAAGAGUCGAGGGAAUGUUGGUCAGCCCUGCCCUGAGCCAUGAUAUGUCAAGCUUGUCCAGUUUUUCCUAAUAUGCAUUAAAAUGCCCAUAAGCCACGUCACGCACCUUCAGAAACGCACCCACAACCGUUAGAAGCGCUGGGCUAUGCCUUGUUGCAGGGAUCCCAGCCCAGGAGUAGGAGGGAAGGAAACGGUUCACAGUGGAAAGCAGAAGCGGGGAGGGAGCAGUUCCGAGUUUGAUCCACCCAGUUUGCAACCGCACACCUGUUGCUUUCUAAAUCUGCUCAAUGGACCCAGGAUUUCUGGUCCCGAAGGAAAACUGCAGAAGACUCCCCCACCUGCCUCCACGCUGUGCCCAUCAAGCACUGACGGGAACAGCAGUGGGCUGGACGCAGGCAACGCCCGGACCCACGGAGGGGAAAACAGUUCUCCUUCGUCAGGGAGGACUUGACCACAUCAGCACUUUGCAAUGCUGGGUGUGGUGUGGGCAGGGGUCCAGUUCACAGAGAAACAGAUGGGAGAGGGAAGGAGUCCACUCAAAAUACCUAAAAAUGUUUAUGUCUACAGCAUAGAAACAGCAAGUACAAAUAAGUGUUUUAAUUGUCUCCAGGAGAUAAUUUGGUAAAAAGAAUAGGCAAUUCCAAAGAGGAAAAACGUAAGGGCGGAGUAAACAUUAGGUGGAAAAUAGCAAUUUUAACUUUAUCUAUUACAUUGCAAAAUAGGCAUUUAGACAAUACCCCGAGCCGGUGAGGCCUGGGGCCAAAACCAACCCCCUCAAAUUUUGUCAAUGGCCACUUCCCUUAGCGCAACCUCAGUGGGGUGUUUCAAAACUCCGCAAAUUACUCGUUCUUUUGACCGAAGAAGCUCACUCCUAGAACUUGAUCCAAAAUGAGGGAGGGAAGGGAAACAGAAAUGAUUCCAAAAAAUUUCAAAAUAAUUUCAUUAUUCAAAAUGAUGAAAAACUAAAUAGCCAACAGGGACAUUUUGACUGUUUAACGUUGGGGUACAUUGACUGCAUGUACGAUCUUGAACUCAUGUGUCACAAAGUCCAACAUGAGGCAACGCAGGAACACGAAAACAAAAGAUUAGGCUCCAAGUGAAGCAGACGACAAGACCACAUGGAAUAUGCCCCGAGGAUGACCAUGUGUGCACGAGAACUGGCAGGGAACUGAGGGACAGUUCACGUAGGGGGGGGGAUGCCACUGGAGGGGGUCUUUCCUUUAAAACUUCCCUUCACAAUUGUUAUGAUGCUGUCUGUCCCAGAGAUUUUUAAAAAUCAAAAGGAAAGAAAGGAGGGAGGGGGAAGGGAAGAAGGAAGGAAGGAAGCCAAGUGUCCGUGAAAGGUGAAUGGAUAAAAAACAGUGGUCUGUCUGCACAGUGGAAUCCUAGUCAGCCUUCAAGAGGAAGGAAAUUCUGACACACCUACAACAUGGAUGAACCUUGAGGACAUUGGGCUAAGUGAAAGAAGCCAGUCACCAGAAGACAAAUACUGUAGGAUUCCAC